CAGGGGUCCCGGGGGCCCUGGCUGGGGACCCUCCCGGUGUGGUUACCCCAACAGGCAGCAUUACCUUAUCCAGCCCUUCCCAGUGCGAUGGGGGAGAGAGCUGAGAAAGAGGUGAAAUCCACAGGCUGAGUUAAAGACAGGACUGAAAAGGAAGGGGCAUUGUAAUGAUAAAAGAAUUAGAAUACACAGAAUUUCGUGCUGCGGGCUGGAGUGGUGCCCCCCUGCAGGCUGCUCGCUGCAGAGUCCUUGAGUGAGUGUAAACAGCGCUCGGCAGCGGCUGCUAUCAACUAGCCCGGGCAUGUCCUCCGCCCCGAACACGUGUUCCCGGCUAUUGGGGGAGAGCGAUCCCAGCCGGACCCAUAAAUAGCGCUGGGAGGGGGCCCAGCCCUCGUCACUGCUGGGGAGAGAUGGAGGUGGGCUCCGUGAUGGCGUCUGGGCCGCUGAGGACCGAGGCAAGCUCUCUGAGACCCCCGUGCAGGAAUUUUGCCCGCGGAUUCUGCCGGCGGGGCCAGAGCUGCCGCUUCUCACACGACCGAGAGUCAGCCCGGGUCUGCAAGUUCUUCCAGCGCGGGUUCUGCCUUUAUGGAGAGCUGUGCAGCUACCAGCACAUCCAGGAAGAGUCAGUACCAGUAUGGGCCCAAUGCGGUCUGAUGCCUCACUGCCACUGUGGCCAGGAGCAUGGCACUGAGCCCACAGCCACGGACCACGACCACGGGGAAACCCAGUGCACCAUGGACUGCAGCACGACAUGUGCGGCCUUCAACUUCCCCAAAGUGGAGGUAGAAGUGGAAGAGAAAGACAAGAAGAGCAUUCCAGCAGUUGGUAACAUCCCCCGUGGGGCCAUCAGUGGAGAAGUUGUCCCCACAAAAGCUCGGGGUGCCUCAGGCUUCCAGCCACAAGGGCCAGCACUGGAGCCAGACUCCUCUGGCCCCAAGAAGGCAGUUUUGGACACAGCGACACAGACUGACCCUGCCAAGGUCCCUGCAGAGCCAGGUGCUGCGGCAGCCCCGGUCACCAGGGCAGCGCUGAGAGCCCGCAGUGAGGCUGUGGUGUGUGGCAUCUGCAUGGACAGGGUGUACGAGAAGGCGCUGCCCGAGCAGCGGCUCUUCGGGAUCCUCCCCAACUGCAGCCACGCCUACUGCCUGGGCUGCAUCCGCAGGUGGCGCCGCAGCCGCGCCUUCCAGAGCACUGUCAUAAAGGCCUGCCCAGAGUGCCGGAUCCCUUCCAACUACUACAUCCCCCACAAAUACUGGGUCUCAGAUGUGGCUGAGAAGGAGAAGCUCAUCAGCAGCUUCAAGGCACGGACAGGGAAAAUCAGGUGCAAGUUCUUCCUGCGUGGCUACUGCCCUUUCAGAUCGGAGUGCAUCUACCUGCACGAGCUGCCUGCCAGCUGGCUGCGGCGGCACAGGCAGCGCCAGCAGAGGAUGCCCGCGGUGUUCCUCCCUUCUUCCUCGGAGAGCUCUGACGAGGAGGAUGAGGAGCUCUGCGCGCUCGAGUGGGCGCUCACCGUGUCCAUGCUGGAGCCAGAAUUUCGCCACUCGAUUUAUUGCCGCGAGCUGCUUCUCAGCGACUUCAGCGAUUCCGACUGAGCCGUGGGGACCGCGCUGGGCCUGGGGGCUGCUUUGACUCCUGCCAUUGUUUUGGGGUGGCUCCAGCCGCGGGGGUGCUGCAGGGAUGGGGUGGGAUGGGGAAGAGUCUGUCUGGCAUUGAUGGGUGCACCGGGGGACACUCAGGGCACAGCCCCCCUGCUCUUGCCCUGGUUGGUGCCCACUCUGCCCCACGGGUGGGGUGGGCUGGGUGCUGGCAGGCAGCGGAGGGGUCUGACAUC